GAGUACAGUAUUAAUUAAUAUAUCAAACUAAUUACAAUCACUCAUUAUGCAAAUGAAUAGAGAGCGCUAGUUGUCCCUCCAGGUGACAAAGAAAAAUACCUCUAUGCAAACUGCUGUCAAAUCAUUAUGUGUAAUGUGGUCGUAAUGUCAUUGUUUAAAUUUCGCAAUUAUUAAAUAUCGUGCCAUAUUUAACAAAAUUCUGUAAUUAGAUCAACGUUAAAUGACCUUCUUAAGUCCGUGGUUUUAUUUUAAACGACUUUGAUUCAAAGUAAUUAUGUUUUACGAAAAACAGUGAUAUUUUAUUAUAGGUAGAACACCUGAUACGUACCUAUCCAGGAGAAACAUAAAUUUGGUGAAAUAAUUUUGGCCAUGUUAUGGAGGACUACAAGUUUCUGUUCAAAGUAGUGUUAGUAGGAAACGCAGGUGUUGGCAAAACAUGCCUUGUCAGAAGAUUUACCCAAGGGCUCUUCCCUCCGGGACAAGGAGCCACAAUAGGUGUUGACUUCAUGAUAAAGAGUGUGGAAAUAGAAAAUGAAAAAAUUAAGCUCCAAAUAUGGGAUACAGCUGGACAAGAAAGAUUCCGCUCCAUAACACAAAGCUACUAUCGCUCAGCACAUGCACUUAUUUUAGUGUACGAUAUAUCUUGUCAACCUACAUUUGAUUGUUUACCUGACUGGUUGCGUGAAAUUCAAGAAUAUGCUAGUACCAAAGUCCUUAAAGUUCUAGUUGGCAAUAAAAUAGACCGUGAAGAUCGUGAAAUUCCAACCCAUGUUGGGGAGGAUUUUGCACAUCAACAUAAAAUGUACUUCUUGGAGACUUCUGCAAAGGAAGCAGAUAAUGUAGAACGCUUGUUUCUUGAAAUAGCUGCCGAACUAAUGGAGCAAGCUAGAAGUAAAGAACUGCCUAGAUAUGACAGCGGAGAUGCAUCUAUCAACGGCCAGACGACUACAAUUGGGCAAAAUAGCUGUUGUAGUAGAAUGACCUAG